AUGAAUCCAGGUCCCGUUCCUCCUGGCGGACCUGCCAACCGUCCUCCAGGCGCCCCCGUUGUGAUAAAACGAAAGAAGCCACAGUCAGAUCCCUUCUUCAAGGGUCCCCGGCGGCCGGUCCCUCCUGGCAAACCUCUCCAGAAUGGCCAUCUGACUCCUCCUGUCAAUGGUCAUAUUCCACCCAAAGCACAAAACCUACGCCCGUCUACUCCCAACAAUCUUCAAGCACAAACUCUAUCCAAACCUGCAGUACCUCCGAGUCAACAAGUGAGUGGGUUCAGUGAUCCUCGCAUCACCGCUGAAGGCAUCCCUUUCAAAGAUUAUAAGCUCGUCACCACCAAGCGUGAUCUUCAAAACAACCUUCGCACCCACCUUCUACAGCUAGCCGGUGACAAAACCCCCGACAUUCGAAACGAGGCAGAAUUCCCAAAACCUGCUCGACUACAUAGGCGUGAUCCCAGAGCGCCCCCACCAGGCCCGCAGCAGAAAGACGAGCCAGAAAUCGAACCAAAGGAUGGUCUCAACGCCACUGAACGAGAAGAAUUGACUCGGAGAAAGGAAGUCCGACAGAAAGAAAGAGAGGCGAAUUUGGCACAGAUAGCUCCUUCUCAGAAUGCGGGCAAGAAGAUAUACAACUUCAAGAGGAAGACCCAACAGGUGUUCCGCUCUGACCUUUCCGAUGAAGCAAAACGUCGCAUUCAGACCAAUUAUGAAGAGAAGCUACCAUGGCACUUGGAAGACUUUGAUAACAAACAUUGUCUAAUUGGAUCUCACCAGAAUGGUUCUAUGAACACACAUGCAGCCUUAAUCUUGGAGUCUGCGGAUGGUUCUGAGGGCAGAUUCCGCAUCAUUCCAGUUGAGAAAUAUUAUCAAUUCAAGCCGCGACGCGAAUUAGCGCCGCAGAUGACUAUUGAAGAGGUUGAGGCCGCGAUGAAGAAACGUGGAAGUGACCCUGAAUGGUUGGUUCGCCAAAGAGAAGCUCGUGUGGCUGAAGCUGCAAGAGAACUCACAUCCAAGCAAAGUAGAGGUCUCUUUUCCGGUGCUCAAGCCGGGGGAAUCGCAGGUCGAGGUGGCGAAGAGGCAGAUCUCGACUUUGAAGAUGAUUUUGCUGACGAUGAGGAAGGCGCUUUGUUCGUCGAUAAGGAUGAGGAUGAGAAGCUUGCAGAAAAAAGGAUUAAGGAAGACCAAUUGACCGCAAACUUUCUAGACUUCAAAGAUCUCAAAGAAUACGACGAGGCAGAAGAGCGAGAGAAGCGUGAGGCAGAAGCCAAAAAGAAGAACUUCCGUGAACUAAGGAAGGCUUUGGAGAGAAGAGAACGGAAUUACAAUCAUGGCAGUGACUCUGAGGAUGUCAGUUCGACCGACUCGGAAGAAGAACGCGAGCGCCUCGAACGCGAACGUCUUGCUAACAUCAAGCGUGAGGAAGAAGCUGCCAAAGCUGCGGCAGGCAUAUCCUCAUCAGGAACUAAUACACCUAAUAAUCGCAAAGAAAAACAAUCAGCAGCUGGUGGCUUUAGCGAUCGCGAGAAAAAGUCUUCGUCGAAUCGACCUCUCAAACGACCCGGUUCCCCAAAUCUGUCUGACGCAUCAGGCACCGAUGCAUCAACCCGAAAGAAGAAACACAAGUCCAAGCACUUGUCAAGCACCCAGCCAACACCAGGUGGUUCAAGACCAAUGUCCCCUGCAAAUGUGCCUCCAAGCAGUUCAGCACCCCAGAGCUUGGAUCCUUCUUCUGCAAUCGGCCACAAGGCCAGGAAACGGGUUGCAGGUUCCAAUGCUGGUAGUGACACAGACAAUGUUGCCUCUGACCGGGAUGGCGGUGCCAUGUCUGAUGCAAGUCGCGCCCGACAACGACUCAAGCUCAAGAUGUCGGCAUCUCCACCUCCAGGUGUUCCUGGCACCCGCACCCCUCAACCGAGUUCCCGUGCUGGAUCACCUGCGCCACCACUAUCGCCACAAGAGCUACCUAGCAUGCAAGAAAUCAAGGAUGCAAUUCCUGCUGAGGGUAUUACCAUCAAGGAAUUGAUGAAGGUUGUUGCACAUCCCAAAGCACAGAGAAAGGCAUUUGUUGCGCUAGUCAGGGAUGUGGCAAAGAUGGACAAAGAAAAAGGCUUGCUGAUGCUGAGAUGA